AUGCUACUUAAAUAUUUGGGCACUGUUAUGUCGGCACAAGAACUGGAGAAUAAAGUAAUUAGCAUAGCAUGGUCACCAAAUAAUUUGAAAUUAGCUGUUGCAUCCUCGGAUCGUUCCAUCUACCUUUUCGAUGAAAAUGGCGUGAAACGAGACAGAUUUUCCACUAAGCCUGUUGAUCCCAAGUUUGGCAAAAAAAGCUAUGUGGUGAAAGGUAUAGCUUUCUCUCCAGAGUCUACAAAGAUUGCAGUCGGUCAGACUGAUUGUAUCGUAUAUGUAUAUAAAAUAGGAGAAGACUGGGGUGACAAAAAAGUGAUCUGCAACAAAUUCCGACAGAGCGCUGCAGUGACUUGUUUGAUCUGGCCUACAGAAGGUCCCAUCAUUAUCGGGUUGGCAGAUGGGAAGGUCCGCGCUGCUCUGGUGAAGUCACAAAAGGCUCAGACUCUUUAUACCUCUGAUGCUAUGACGAUAGCUUUGGCUAGCAAUGUCCGUGGCAGCGGCUUCCUGUCGAGCCACGCGGACGGGAGCAUCAUCCGCUAUUACAUCGCCGAGGACGGCGGCGCGGAGCCGUCAGGACGCGUAUGCGUCCACGGAGUACCCGCUUAUGCCUUGGCGUGGCCGCAGUCGCAUAUUUUGGCCGGUGGCUGCGAUAAGCGACUGACCUUGUAUGAUCCAUAUGGCAAGCCGGUGAAGAACUUCGACUUCAGUCGCGAUCCCCAAGAACGAGAGAUCACCGUGGCUUGCUGCAGUCCUAGCGGUCAGAGCAUUGCCGUGGGCUCUUAUGACAAAGUGCGCGUUCUCGAUUGGACGCCACGGCGAGGUAUUUGGGAGGAGACCAACGUCAGAGCCUUGCCGAACUUCUACACAAUUACGGCGCUCGCUUGGAGGCGAGAUGGCUCGAAGUUGGUGAUUGGCGGACUGUGCGGAGGCGUCGAGCAGUUUGAGACUAUCCUGAGACGCACGGUAGUGCGCGGCAGCCACGAAGUGGCUUACGUGGGUCCGAGCCAAGUGGUGAUCCGACCUCUGAACGACUCUUCGCAUCGCUCCAUUGUCGUCAGGUCGCAGACAGGUCUCGAGAUCGACGAUGUGCGUAUUCUAGGUCGUACAGAUAACAACGUGGUAGCUCGCACGGCGCGCACCUUGCUGAUCGGCGACAUCGAGCUAGGGUUGAUCAGCGAAAUCCCGUGGGAGGACCGACCGAAUGGUAGCGAGAAGUUCUUCUUCGAAUACCCGGUAGUUUGCCUCAUCUUCUGCUCCGGCGAGCUGACGAUUGUCGAAUAUGGCCAGAACGAGGCGCUCGGCUCCGUGCGAACAGAAGCGGUGAACCCGCACGUAGUGAGCGUACGCGUGAAUGAGAGACCUUCGGCUGGCGCAGGCGACAACAAAAAGCUAGCUUACUUAUUAGACCCGAAAACCGUACGUGUGAUCGACCUUUUGUCCGGUGGUACCAUCAGCAUGAUCGUCCAUGACGCUCGCAUCGACUGGUUAGAGCUGAGCGAGGCGGGUCACCGAUUGUUGUCGCGGGAUAAAAAAAGCCGUCUUUGGCUAAGCGACGAUGCGGGCGGAAGAGUUCUGUUGGCAACCAGCGUAUCUUUUGCAUCCUGGGUGCCGAGCAGCGACGUGGUGGUUGCCCAAACGACGCAGACCCUGGCUGUCUGGUACAAUGUGGAUGCAUCAGAAGCGGCCACGCUGACACCUAUCAAAGGUGAUGUGGUGGAUGUCGUCAGAGAGGACGGCCGAACGUCUGUGAUGGUAGAGGAGCAUGGUGUUAAAGUCGCGUACCAGUUAGACGAAGGAUUGAUCGAGUUCGGCACCGCGUUGCACGACAACGAUUUUGGUAGAGUCGUUCUGUUCUUAGAGAACAUGGGCGAUAGUCCGCAGGUGGAGACCAUGUGGGAGAACGUUGCCAGGAACGCGAUGAAUGAGAGAAAGAUCAUGAUUGCUGCGAGGUGUUACGCGGCAAUGGGAGACGUGGCUUGCGCCAAGUUUCUAAAGGGGAUUGUCGAGAUCGGCAUAAAAUAUACCACGGAGACAGGUAACGAUCCACUAGCCAACCCGGAUUGCUGGGCUCGGCUGGCGGUGUUAAACGGCGAGUUGAAAACCGCCGAGGCAAUUUACCUGGAACAAAACGAACUGGACAAAGCGUUGGACAUGUACCAGCGCUAUUGGCACUGGGAAGACGCGCUGAACCUGGCACAGAGUCGCAAUUGGAGUGGACUCUCAGAAUUGCGAGACCGUCAUCUGGCUUGGCUGCUGGACAGCGGCCAAGCAGCCCGUGCAGCCUCCAUUAUAGAGACGACGAAUCCCAGAAGAGCCGUCAGGCUUUAUCUGGAGGCUCGUCGACCUGGGCGCGCCGCCAGACUGGUUCUCGCCGACAACGAGCUGCUGGAGGACGAGAGGAUCGUCGAAGACGUCAUCAGUGGCCUCAAGGCUACCGAUCUCAUGGAACUCGCCGGUGAGCUGCUGGAAAAAACCUCUGCUGGCGCUGAGGCGAUCGACUGCUACGCUCAAGCAGGUGUCUUCGCCAGAGCCCUCGACCUGGCACGUAAGGUCGAUCCUACGCUAGUAGUCGGCCUCGAAAGGGACUGGGGAAAGCAUCUAGCAGCUGGUGGUCAUUACGAUGCAGCCAUUAAUCAUUUCAUCGAGGCGGGGGAGACAGUAUUGGCGUUGCAGGCAGCUAUUAAUGCGCGACAGUGGAGGAAGGCCUUGCAAAUUAUACAGGUGAUCGAAGACGACGACCCCGAGAUCCGUCAGCAAUGCGAGAAGCUGGGCGAAUACUUCUCAUCAAUCGGAGAGCGUUCCUUGGCGGAAGGUCUGUUUAUUCGCGCGGAUAAUCCUCGACGCGCUGUGGAGACUCAUGUGCAAGCAGGCGACUGGAUUCGCGCGCACCAGGUGGCUCAAGAGUACAUGAAGAGCGACGAGGCUAACGAGGUGCUAGCGAGACAUGCUGAGAAUCUACAGCAGAUUGGCGAACUCCGACAUGCCGAGGCGCUCUAUAUUGCUAUCGGCGAUCACGAUGCGGCUAUUGCGAUGUACCGCAAAACGGGACAGCGCGGUGACAUGAUCCGAUUAGUCGCUGAGCAUCGGCCUGAUCUUCUUCAGACCACUCAUACGCAUUUAGCAAGAGAGUUGGACGCGGCGGGCAAGCCGAGAGAGGCUGAAGAGCACUUCUUAGGCGCUGGUGAUUGGCGCGGGGCGGUCGCUGCUUAUAGAUCCGCGAAUAUGUGGGAGGACGCAUUGCGAGUAGCUAAGAAGGCUUCAGGAGAGAAAGCAGCACAGCAGGUUGCCUUAAUGUGGGCUCGAACGCUGGCUCCAGAGCUGGGCGCACGAUUGCUGAUGAGACUCAACUACCUGGAGCCCUGCUUGCAACUUGCGUGCGAAGCCAAUUUGUUUGAAUGGGCUCUGGAGAUCGCCAAAUACGGCACUGCGGAUCAGAAGAAGGAGGUGCACUAUCGCUACGCUAUGGCAUUGGAGGAUGAAGGUCGUUUCACCGAAGCCGAGAAGGAGUUUGUGCUAGCCGGCAAAGCGAUGGAGGCCGUGCAGAUGUACAUCCACAACCGCGACUGGGAGUCCGCCGAGGAUGUCGCGCGGUCGCACAGUCAAGACGCAGUGGCGCAAGUCCUGAUCGCCAGGGCAGCCGAAGCUGCCGAAGGCCAAGACUACGCCUCGGCGGAAGCCCUUCUCUUGAGAGCUCAUAAGCCGGAGAUGAUAAUAGAACAUUAUAAAACGGCUGGAAUGUGGUCCGAGGCGUUACGAGUGUGUCGAGAGUACCUACCCAGCCAAGAAGCAGCCCUUCGCAGGGAGUUGGGCCAGAAGAGCGCAGGACUUGACGGGGCGAACGCGCUGGAGGAAGCGCGCAAAUGGCUUGAGCUCGGGGAAGUGCGACCAGCUUUGGAUACUCUGAUCCUGAACCCGCAGGCACCGCGAUCGUAUUUGAUUCGCGCGGCUGACAUUCUCCUGCAUCAGGCGGACCCCGAAACGGCAACAGAAGUCGGCCGCGAUCUGGGUGCACGUUUGUUCUCUGUUGGCGAACAUGCACUCGCCGCUCAGGUGUUUCUUCAGGCGGAUCGGCUGAAGGAUGCAGUGAGCUCGCUGGUGGCGGUUGGCGAAUGGGAACGUGCACGUCGGAUCGUUCGCGAACUCGCGCCCGACCUCGAGCCCUAUCUCGAAGAGAAGUAUCAUGACGCAAUGGCGAACGAGAGCCAAAUGGAGCGACUGGCUGAGGUGGACGAUAAUGCGGCUCUCGAGAUGAUGGCGCGCAAGGGUCAAUGGAGUCAACUGUUUGAAGCCGCAAGCUUGCAGAGUCCGGAGGUGCUACAUCGUUUCGUGGCGCGACGCGCCGCGCAGUUACUGAAGAGCGACUCCGCAUCGCAAGCAUUGCAGCUGUACGCGCAGUACGGCGCACCCGCGAUUUCGCAGAACCUUAAUUUGUACCUGCAACUGGCGGAAAGCGUCCUGAACGCGGCUCAGCAAGAGUACAGGUAUCUGGCACAGUUGCGUGACAUUUUGCACAGUCUCUGCCGUCCGUCACCACCCAAUGAAAGAUUCGAGAGGCUUCUGGAAGCUGCGCACUUCUCUGCAGUGAGACACGGCUGUCGUUUGUUUCCAGCGCUUUCCGGUUUCGUCGUCAAGGGGUCGAUCAGUCUGCUGCGACACACCGACAUCUUGCAUGCCGACAGAUGUUACUACGAGGCCGGCACCGCGGCGCGCGACGCGGGUCUUCUGAGCGAGGCUUUCAUCUUUUUUAACCACUUUCUUGAUUUGGAGGAAUGCAUCGAGGAAGAGGGUGACAGCAACGUCCUCGAUGUGGACGACUUACGCGUCACCGAUUUCCCAUUGGAGGUACCUCUUCCGGAGCAUAUUGGAGUCGCUCAGGAUCAACGCGAGGAGGCAAGAGAAUGGGUGCUGGCGGUGUCGAUGGAUCAGAAGAUCGAGCAAGGUCUGCCGAUCGACCAGAGGGGUGUCUACGUGGGUUCAUUGACAUCGCCAACUAACACAGGCAUGACUCUUCAGCAAUGCGUGAUCACGGGCUAUCCGGUGUGCGGCCCUGUUACCAAAUUUGAAGAGUCCAAUCGCGUGGCUGAUCGUGAUGACUGGACCAAGCUGGUCAACACGGCCAGACAAGCGCCUACUGACUCGCCGCUCAACGAUAUCCUGGUAUUUCUUCAAGAAUGGUGUGGUACAGCGCCUAAGUACUCUUUCUGAAAAGAAAGAUAUUUGAAGACCUGACCCUAAUCAAUUGCAAUUAAAAAUACAUUAUCUUACAUUCUAAAGACAUUAUCUUACAUUGUAUUUUUAUGAUAUAAUAAAUACAAUUACCUACCUGUUCUCUUAAA